CCGUUUUCUUCUUCGCUCAACUCUCUUUUCCUUCUCUUCUCUCAAAACGCUCCGUUUCGCUGCUGUUUCUGGUCAGCGGAGAUCUCUACCCGAUGUCGAUCAAAACUAUAAAAGUCAGUAAUGUUUCCUUUGGGGCAUCUGAGAGAGACAUUAUGGAGUUCUUUUCUUUUUCGGGUGAUAUUGAAUAUGUUGAACUACAGAGCCAUGAUGAACGGUCUCAAAUUGCCUAUGUUACUUUCAAGGAUUCACAAGGAGCUGAGACUGCAGUACUACUAUCGGGAGCAACAAUAGUUGAUUUGUCAGUUAAUAUAACUCGGGAUCCAGAUUACCGGAUUCCAGCUGCUGCGUUGGCAUCAUCUUAUGAUAUUUUUCAGACAAAAGUGGGUAAAACUCCUGGUGGUACUGAAUCUGCUUUAGGGAAGGCAGAGGAUGUGGUCACGAGCAUGCUUGCGAAGGGCUUUAUCUUAGGUAAAGAUGCUGUAAAUAAAGCAAAGACUUUUGAUGAGAAGCUCCAGAUAACUUCAACAGCCUCGGCAAAAGUUACAUCUUUUGACCAAAAACUUGGGCUUAGUGAGAAAAUAAGUUCUGGUGCUUCGGUUGUGAGUGGUAGAGUUAGAGAAGUGGAUCAAAAGUUUCAGGUUUCAGAGAAAACCAAAUCAGCAUUUGCAGUUGCAGAACAGAAAGUCAGUACCGCUGGGUCUGCUAUAAUGAAGAAUCGCUAUGUGCUCACUGGGACUUCUUGGGUAACAGGUGCUUUUAAUAGGGUUGCUAAGGCAGCCGGGGAUGUGGGACAGAAGACAAAAGAGAAAGUGGAAAACGCAGAAGAGGAACAGAAGCGAAAAGUUGAAGACCAGUAUGCACAGGUCCUUUCUGAGUCUCCAAAAGCCGCUGCAAGUGAACUGCACUCUUCCAAGCCUGCUCCUGCUCAGGGUUUGAUCCUUUGAUUUGCUUCUUGUACAUACUUUCUUUGAAAUUCCUUCAAAAUUGUUUCCAUAUUAGUACCAACCUUUGCCUCAGUCCAUAUUGGAAGUGAAUGUAUGACAGAUUUUACUAGUUACUUGGACCAAUUUGCAGUUAUAUAAUUUUGUUCUAUAAGAUAAACUGAAUU